AUUAUCCAUUUUGGAUGUUCCUAAACCGCACGUUUCUAUGCGAUAGUUAGCCGAUGGUUUUCAAAUGCAACUCUGAAUAAUUGUCAUUCACAAUGGAAAAAUGGUAUUCACUGCGAAAACGUAAACAAUGAUUUUGACAAAAUUAACAAAAAACAAAAACAACAACAGAACAGCUCGGAAGGACAGCAGACCAAAUUUUCGAAAAACUUAUUAAUAAAAUGGAUUUAGUGCCACAAAACUCCUCCAGUGCAAACAAGAGAACAACAGCAGGCGGCAGGGUGAAAUGGAGUGCCGCGCUUGAGAGCCUGCUGAUUGACAUAUGGCAGGAGAAAAUUGAAGAUUUGCGCGGACCACGCAAAAAUUCACAUGUGUACAUGGAGAUGGCCGAGUCCAUUAAGGAGGCUGGGCUUGAGCUUGGAUGGGGCGAGAUAAAGACAAAGCUCGAGAACAUGACCAAAAAAUAUAUAGAAAUUGGACCGAGCGGGGGUGCUCCAUCUGGGUGGCAACAUUACGAUAAAUUAAACUCAUUUCUGGGGUGCUACCGGAUAAACAACAUGGAGCAGAGCACAUUGGACAACGACAAUCCUGAUGAGUACUUUUCGGAUAUUAUUGAGAUGGACCUGAACGGAUCUUGUAGCUCCAGCACCUUGUCUGGGCGUCCGCCAAAGAAAAAGAAAAAGACCGACAUUUCGUGGCUGGCAGAGAUCGCCCGGGAACGUCUCGAAGAACAGAAGGACCACCACAGAAAGAAGGAAGAGCACGACGUGAGGCAGGAGAAGAUGGUGCAGGACCUAAUCAGCACACAAACGAAAUUUCAAAAUGAUCUGUUGGAAGUGCUAAACCACAGCCGAAAUAAUUGCUAUAUCUUCAUCAUCCAUUAUAAGAACCAAGAAUUAAUAAAUCUUCCGCGCAAAUUUAAUGAACUUGUUAUUGGCAUCAGCUGUUUUUGACGGAUGGUGGAUGGU